CUAAAGUGUUAGACUGCCCUCACUUGUUUUUUGAAGGAAGGGCAGGCAAGAAUUUGCUUUAAGCAUACAGGAGGGGUUGUUGUGCCAUUAUAAAAAAAGAGGAUAAAGAUCAAACAGAUAUGAUACUGUAAGAGUCGUGUUUAAAUUUUCCAUGAAAAAAUUACCUAUAAUCUUUAAAGGCUAGUUCCCAGCUUUAUUUGACAUCUAACUUCUGUUUUACCUUCUCAAGUAAUACAUUAGUCACCAUGCACACUUCCUGUAAGAUUUUUACAUGUGAGAAUAUCUGACUUCCACUCAAAACACGUGUCGCAUUCAGUUGUUUUCUGGUGAUAACAAUGGAGUCAAACUAUUCUACCUGCGGAAAGGUUCAUUUUGAUUUUACACACAAAUUCUUACCCACAGUGUACGUUGCUGUUUUCACACUUGGACUUCUUGGCAACUCUUUUGGGCUGAAAUCUGUGUAUCAGAACUGGCAAAAAAUGGGUAACGUAAAUAUCUUUGUCCUCAACGUGUGUCUGGCUGACCUUUUAUACAUUUUCACUUUGCCUUUCCUGGUGUUUUACUAUGCAUUGAACAGUCAAUGGAUAUUUGGAGAUGUUUUCUGCAAGAUCGUGAGGUUCUGUUUCUGUAUGAACCUUUACGGUAGUAUUGGUUUCCUCACGUGCAUCAGUGUUUACAGAUAUCUGGGCAUUGUUCACACUUUAAGAGUCAAUGGAAGAAUUACAGUGAGACAUUCAGUGAUGAUUGCUUUGCUUGUUUGGUUUUUGGUCUUUUGUCAAUGUUUGCCUGAUUUGUUCUUUGAGAAAACCAGCAACAGCAACACAAGCUGCUUUGACACAACUUCAGACACCUAUAUUAAAGAUUACCUGAAGUACAGCAUCGGAAGGACGGUUUUUGGAUUUGGGAUUCCUUUGUUAAUAAUGCUGUGCUGCUAUGGACAUGUGGCUUUUACUCUGAUGACAAAGAAAGAAAUGGAUGUCAUUUUGAAGCUAAGAUGUCUCAGACUGGUCGUGGUCUUGACACUGCUGUUCUCUAUUUGUUUCAUUCCUUAUCAUAUUUUCAGAAACUUCAACCUGGUAACUCGAAUCUACAAGUUAUCGGGCAAAUGUCACAAAUGGUAUUCCAGUAUUUACAUUGCCAACCAGAUUGGAAAUGGACUGGCAUGCAUGAACAGUGCCAUAAACCCACUGGUUUACCUCUUUAACAGUGAUGAACUGCUUAUGAAGUGUUUCGUGCGGCAUAAACGGAGCCCGGCAAACCGAAGGAAUACAGGAACAUAAUUGAGGAAGAUGAGAGCAUCACCAUCUGAUUAAUGGAUUCUUUCUGUCAUAAGGCAUGUCUGCUUAUCCUGUCUACGAUCAGUGAAUGAAACUGAUUGAAACAGAUUCCAGUUGCAUUUAUUUUGGUUGUACUUGUGAUUCACUGUUUUAGAUGCCUUCACUGUUUGGCUAUGUGCAUCCUGUGACAGGAAAUGUGUUUGUAAGUGUAUGUGUAUUCUGAGAAAAGCAUAGGUGUAUCUCAAGCUGUGACAAUAUUGGAACCGGAACACAGGGGCACAGUCUAAUUUAGUGUAAAAUGAAAAGACAUCUACUCUUCUUUCCUAAGAAAUAAAAAGUAAACGUGGGAAUAAAUACUCAUCCAAAUGUCACAAACUAAAAUAAACUAAAAGUCUACGAAGGAUAAAAAAAUAUAAUGAAAAGAAUUCUUGCCUUUAAAAACAAAUGGAAUGUACCAUAAACUUAACCAUGUUUUUUCUAGUAAAAAUGUACCCAUAGUUUUUUGUAACUACUGUAUGGCUACUGUAGGAAAACCAUUUUUAAUUUGUGGCUAUCAUGGAUUAACUAUUGUAACCGUUUCUAUGUGUAGUAUUUUUUUUUCUUCAUUUUUUUCAUUAAUCUUUGUAAGGGUAAAAUUAAAAACACACAAAAGAUUUUUUUUAUGUUUCUUGUAAGUUUCUGUGAAAGCCCAGCCAGAGUAUGUUUUCUACAUAAAAUCACCGUACAUAAUAUAAAGAACAGUCUGCAAAAAUCUAUCUAUCUGUCAAAAAAAUGAAAUCAUUGUAAAAUGAAUGGUUGACAUCAAACUUUGAUGCUAAUUUUCUCAUAAUUACAUUUUCAGACUUUAGCCUGGAUUUCACAGGCAGGGUCACAUUUUCUAUCAAGUCUUCUAUGUGACUCUGACGUGUAAGCGACAAGUGAGCUACAUUGCCGAUUCUCAACUUCAUUUUCAAUUAUUUAUUAUUUUAUUUUCUGGUUCAAUGGUGAGGCUUUAUAACACCUAUCACACCCUUCUGCAAGCAAGGCUGUAAGCUUUCACUCUGUACAUGGUUCAAAUAGGCCUGUCAAACGAUUAAUCGCGAUUAAUCACAUCCAGAAUAAAAGUGUUUACAUAGUAUAUGUCUGUGUACUGUGUAUAUUAAUUUUGUAUUUAUUAACACAUACACAGACAUGCCUAUAUUUAAAAAUAUAAAAAAUAAAAAACGUUUAUAUAUACUUUCAACUAUUUGUAAAUAUAAAUAAAUACAUCAAAAUAUUUCCUAAAUAUGUAUACAUGUGUGUGUACGUGUUUGUAUUUAUAAAUUCAAAAUGAAUAUGCACAGUACACAGACAUACAAUGUAUUAUGGAAACACAAACUUUUAUUCUGGAUGCGAUUAAUCGCGAUUAAUCGUUUGACAGCGCAUGUUCUAGCAUUAAAACGGUUUGGCAUACCACAGUAUGCAGGGGCGUGUUUACCAUUUUGGGGGCCCUAAGCAAAGUCAAGACCUGAGGCCCCCCACACAUUGCCUAACAUAUUUGUUUGAAUUGCACAGCAGUAUUGAGUACAUGGAAUUAAUGAGACAAAUAUACAUACAAAUAUAAACUGGAUUUAUUUUACGUUGAACCACAUAACAGCACAAAAUUCUCUACAGUUUGUUAUAAGAAUAAACCUUCUUGGU